CGACCUUCUGACCCAUCUUACAACUAUGGUGGUUGAUUCAGAAUUGACGCUACAACGUGUAAUGGUUUGUGGUGUAGCAUGUUGAACUAUGUUUCUAGUCUUUAUCCCAAAAUUGUUGUAAUCUUAGGUUUGUGUUAUUGUUGAUUGUUAUUGUCCACUCUUAUCAUUAAAUGUAAGUUUAUUGUGUGUGCUCGUUAGAUCAUGGACUAACCGUUUCUUCUAUUCUGUUUUCUUGCCCUUCUCAUUCACGUUACUCUGCGUGUUUCUCUAGCACACAAAGUACCUUCUGGACAGGCGCGAACCGCUAUCGCGAGAUUUUCAUUGAUUAUGAUAACAACUUAUAAGACAUUUCAUCCUUAAAUUAUUUUAAAUAUCUUGGUGAUGAUAUGUAUCAUCAUUGGAUAUUAAUAUUAAUAUCCAAUGCACGCUCAAUGCAUUAUCUGCAUCUUAAUCAGAAUGUUGUCUGAAAAAGUAGAAGAAGCAAUAAACUAGUGGCUAAAUUGUAUCAAGAGGUUGUUGCAUUGUAUAUGAAGGAAAAGUCCUUUAGUAUUUAGCUACAAGACAAUUACUCUGUUCAUUAAACCAAAGACCGUUGCGUUGUCCACUUUUCUGGAGUUUUUUUAUUCACACUAAGCUAACUUAAUGUAGAUGAAAAACAACUGUUGAAAAGCAUAUUGAAAUCACUAUGAGAGUUUGGUGUGAAUUCUGGACAGCAUAUAACAAUUCGACACUUCCUCCACUUUUGGAAAAUGGUUAUAUGUUCUCUCUUUUAUGUCCUUCAUGGAAACAUUUCUCUAAAAUGUUUAUAUCUUGGUACAAAUUUAUGCAGUAUGUAGACUUUCUGGACUGUAACUUGUCGAAAAUAAACAUGGUUUUUCGUAUAUGGUUCCAUUCACUCUAGUUUCUCCUAAACUAAAACUCAAGUGUCCUCACCUUUUUGCCACUUCGUUUACACUUUCCCAUCUAGUUUCGAAAAAUAUUGGUUGGCUUAUAUUAGUGUUGGUAAUGUUAAGGUAGCUGCAUUUUAUUGAUUUCGUGUUAUUGAGGUCACUUUUUCUGUGAUUUUCCUUCUAAGUUGCACCUCAUACGGAUCGUCUUCCCCGAGAUGACUUACUCCUACCAAAUACAAGUACGUCGUUUAUUCAGGAGAGUUCUCACCUUUUCUAAAUCCUAUUCAGAGAGAAUUAUGGAUCCUAGAAACCUAAUACUUAGAAUUGAUAUCUACAUUAACCAGAGCAGUACAAGAUUUUCGGAUUUAAAUGACUUUUGAAAAACUUGGUGUAUGUCCUGAAAUUGUUGAGUUGCUACGAGAUAAAGGGAUUAAUACACCUACGGAAGUUCAAGAAGGCUGCAUUCCAAUAAUUUUGGAAGGUUUUUUCUGUAGCUUCUUAAUGCCGUUUUAGGAAACGAUGUAGUGGCAUGUGCAAAAACUGGUUCUGGAAAAACAGCAGCAUUUUUGAUCCCUAUACUUCAGUCACUAAUGACGGAACUCAAACCAUUAUAUGCUCUAAUAAUUACUCCAACAAGGGAGUUGGCGCAUCAAAUUGGUGAACAAGCCGCUGGGUUAAAUUUAAUCCAAGGUGAACCACUAUGUAACGUAUUGGUGAUAACUGGUGGAAGAAACAUAGUUCAUCAGAGUAUUGACUUAGCUCGAUCUCCACAUAUUAUCGUUUCUACUCCUGGACGGUUGGCUGAUCUUUUGCGCACCCAGAUAGCCGCACAAGAAGCUGAUACUGAGAAUAAGCCAGAAUGGACCUUAUCCAGAACAAAAGUGGUGGUUCUAGACGAAGCAGAUAGACUGUUGGAAGAUAAUUUUGGUGAAGAUUUGAACACUAUAUUGAAAGCACUUCCGAAACGUCGUCAAACGUUACUUUUUAGCGCUACAUUCAGUGGCGCAGUCAAGUCUUCCUUAGAGGCUGCAAAGUCAGUAGCCUACGCUGAAAACAGGCGCCCUCCUAUUUUAUGGCAACCUGAAUGCAUGACUACGUGUUCAUCUACAGGGGCCGUAACUGUCGAGACCUUAAGUCAGUAUUAUAUUCUGAUGCGCCCUGAACACAAAGAAGCAUUUUUGGUUCAUACUGUCGAUCAAUUUCUUUCUGAGAAUCCACAUUCACUUAUUAUGAUUUUUACAAAUAAAUGUAAAUGGUGCCAUCUUAUUGGAUUAAUGAUGACUAGUCUAGGUAUUAAAACAACCUUACUUCACUCCUCUAUGACUCAGAAAAACCGCAUAUCUUCGUUGACUCUUUUUCGUUCUAGUCAGAUUCGUGUUCUGAUUGCAACAGACCUGGCAAGCCGUGGACUUGAUUUUCCAACAGUUGAUAUUGUAAUUAAUCAUAAUGUUCCUAUUCGACCUAAAGAUUAUGUUCACCGAGUAGGCCGGACUGCUCGGGCUGGGAAAGCUGGUUUAGCAUUGACAUUGUGUGACCUUUUUGAAGUAAAACGUUUAAAAGCUAUCCAAACAUUUAUCAAUAAGGAAUUGAAGACAUUUGAUGUGAACGAAAAAAAAGUAGCUCAAAUAAUUGCCGAAGUGUCUAUCGCUCGUCGUGAUGCAGAACGCAAACUAGAUGAAAUCAGAUUUGAUGAGAAGCGUGAAAUCAAUAAGGCAAAAAAUCUGAUGAAGGCCAGAACGUCGAAAACUCUAAAUAAAACUGAGAAUCUUACUUCCUAAACUUUCUUGUAAAUAAAUCCUUUAUUUUUAUCUGAUA